GAAAAUUAGUUACAAGCCUUGCUGAAUUUAGGAAGCUAAUGUUAGCUGAGGCGAGGCUGGAAUUUGGAAUUUAGAAUUUCAAUUCGUGAUCCGAAUUGUAGUCAUGGUCAAUGACUUGCCUCAUGACGGAGUAAAAACCGCUGCGGCACUUGUUAGCUAUCGAACAACGGAACAAGUGGUUUCAAAAUAACCCACCAGUAGCUUCCAUUUUGCUUGUAACUUUCAAGACAGUCAGUUUUCACCAAAACAUAGUCACGCCCAUGCCAGAGAAACUUUCUGCUUCAGUCAAAACAUUUUGCUGCUCUUAACUUAAGAGUCAUGUCCAUCAUAACUCAAUACUCUUCUUAUGCGUGGGUUAAAUUUUGGACGCCGUCUUUUUGGUUACCGUCAAACAUCACUUGGAGUGAUUUCAAAGACACAGAAGAUGUCGUUUACCCCAAAUUCCAAGAAAUCUGUUACCCUGUUGCAUAUUCCAUUAUAGUUGUUUUCGUCAGGCUCAUUAUUGAAAGGUGCAUUUUUUUGCCAUGGGGUUUACGAAGAGGGCUGAAGCAAACAAAAAAAAAGGUUGCGAAGAAUGUGUUGUUGGAAGAAGCUUACAAACAAGGUGGAUCAGACCUACCCCAUAGUAAAAUCACUGGGUUAGCGAAACAACUUGAUUGGAGUGUUCGACAAGUAGAACAAUGGAUUCGUCACAGAAAACAGCAAAAUAAACCAUCUGCACUUGUCAAACUAACAGAAAGUGGUUGGAGGUUCACAUAUUAUUCAUUUGCAGUUUGCUAUGGAUUAUGGGCUCUCUGGGAUAAACCUUGGUUUUGGAACAUUGAUGAAUGCUGGACAAAUUACCCUCACCAGACUGUUUCCUGGGACAUCCGGCUUUAUUAUGUAUUCCAAUUAAGCUGCUACUGGUCCAUGCUGUUCUCCCAGUUUGUCGACGUCAAACGAAAGGAUUUUUUAGAGAUGUUCAUUCAUCAUUUGACCACUAUCCUUCUGAUUAUCUUCUCAUAUACAUGCAAUCUGAUUCGUGGAGGGAGCUUAGUGCUCAUCAUUCAUGACUUCUCUGAUGUUUUCAUGGAGGCUGCCAAGAUUUUCAAGUACAUCAAAUGGCAGCGCGGUUGUGAUACUUGUUUUGGUUUGUUCUUCAUUGUUUGGACUGUUACGCGACUUAUGAUUUUCCCCGGAUAUCUCAUAAAAAAUUUUUGGCUGACGGCCCCAAAUUUCAUGCCAAUGUUUCCUGCCUAUAAUGCAUUGAAAUACUUGGUUGUGGUAUUGUUUCUACUACACAUCAUGUGGACUUAUUUCAUUUUGAAAAUAUUAAAACGUGCCCUGUUAUCAGGAAAGACGGAAAGGGAUUCCCGAAGUUCGUCAAGCGAAGCUUCAGCUACCGAGGAUACUUCUGAUCAAACUGCCUCUUCGGUCCGACUCCGUAAAAAAUAAGCUCUAAAAAGAGCUGUCCAAGUUAAAAAACGAUCCUUAAACAGUGGGAUUUUUAAUAAUCCAGAACCCAAACAAAAAAAACAAGUAUUCCCAUUUUACGAAAAGUUUUAAUUUUCGAGAUUGCGCUCAGUUUAUUAAUUUGCCUUACUUCCUGAGGUCCAUGAGGAACUUUCCAUCGUUUGUUGUCUUAAUAGCUGCUGGCACAGAUGUGUUGUUAUGAUAGUUAUUGCAAUAUAUUCUAUGCUAUUCUGUUA